CGUGAAUAUAUCGCUGUUUAAUUGCCCUCGCAGUCUCCCCAUCAAUUGAAGUGCCGACAUCUACUGCAAUGGACCAGCAAGUCACAGGGGGGACCCAGAGGACACGAAGGUGCCAUACUCGGAGCCGGAGCGGGUGUCUCACCUGCAGAAAGCGUCGCGUUCGAUGCGAUGGGGACCAGCCAUGCUGCGCUAGGUGUAUCAGUGCAGGGAGGCUAUGCGAGUUCAGCUCCCUGAGCCUUCCACUUCGAGACCGCAGGGCUCUGGCGCUCCCCUGCGAACAGCAGCCCUGGAUCACACAAUCGGCCCAGCUGCAAGUAGUGUGGAAUGGGCCGUUGGCCACAAAACUCGCCGAUCCGUUUGAUUCUUUUGCAAUCAGCAUGCCAUUCAAGUCAAGAGAGCUUCUGCAUUAUUUUCACCAAGCAAACAACACCUUCAGCGGCUCGUUGGAAGUAAAAGAGAAAGACACUCUAUUCUUUGUGAUUCAGCAUCCAGACGCCCUCCGAAACACUCUUCUCGUCGCUGGGUUACAUUAUGCUUGGAAAGUUGGAGGGUUUCGAUCGUACGAGCCCACCUUUUUAUUCCACAAGAUCGAGACCAUUCGCCUAUUGAAUGAGUGGGUUGAGAACUCACGAUCCGACGAUAUGACCACAUUCGUACGUCAUAUAGCGACUCUAUGUUUUGCAGAGUGUGCCCUGGGAAACGUCGCGGCUGGUGAAACACACCUUGAUGGACUCGUCACAGUCAUGGACCUCCACUGUCCCAUGAGCUACGAUGUUGAUGCUCAGUUGGGCCUCAAUGAUGAACUUGUGAAUCGUUAUGUAAUCCUAUCGUGGAACUCGGUCCAUGGCCUCAAGAGUCGAAUACAAGGGAGUAGAGCCCUUGUCCAGAUGUUUGGAACCAGCAAAUCCAUUCAGUUCUCAAAAAUGAUCUCGCUGUUGCAUCGAUGGCGGUCACAAGAGAUCGGGUCUUUCGAAAUGUUGUUAAAGUCCAUACAGCUGGUCCCCUACUUUGGCAUGCUUCCCUCAAUAACAAAUUUCGGCGCUACCGAUGGAUUUCCCAUCAUCGAGUGCUUGAGAAUCUUGACCAAAUCAGCUCAUUCAGCGAGUCUCGAACUGUUCGAAGGUGAUCCGGGAUGGGUUUGGGCCGAGGGUUCAGCGUCAAGGCUGACCGUUGCACUCCUCCGCUCCCACAUUUUGUCCCUCAGUGUCGACAAAAUCGCAAGAAAAGAUUGUUCAACUGGUCAAGGAUUUAUAACUUCCUGGUGUAGCAUGGCUAUCACAUCUGGACUCUACAUGCACGGCGUUUUGGGUCUUUGGAAUGGUGGCGAUCCGAUAGAGCCCCGACUGUUCAAACGCUUGAUGUUGAUCCUCAUGCGUGAUCUUCAUCAAACGAUUAAUGAAGUGAACGACCGACGAGCGGCCGAUUUCUGGUUUUGGAAGGCUUUCGUGGGGGCGUUCAGUUUAUGGACACAUCAGUUGCAUGCGUACGACGAGACGUUGGGGGCAGUGGAAGAUGCCUUUAAUCAGUUCAUUCGGCGCUGGAGUGAAGCUUCCAAUAUUCACCAAUGGGGAGGGGCUCAAGCGCGAUUAAUUGGAAUCGCCUGGUCCUCGAAUCUGCCUCAGGGCCUGGCAGAUGAUGUAUGGAGAAAAGCAGUAGAAUGCUAGCUCCUCUAGCACCUCGAAGCCAGCAAAGAACUGCUGGAUGUCACCCCUCUAUCAAUAUUAUGUUCUGUCAAGAUUUA